AUGCACCCUUUCGGGCCAGCACAGACUCGCGUCAAACACACACCCUCCUCCUCCUUUCCCCUUCCCUCACCCACUAGCGGCGUGAAGGCUCGCCCAAUAAUACUCGGCUCUCUGAAAACCGGGCCGCUUUCUCAUCCAAGUACUGCGCCUGCGCGGAAUCUGUCCGGAACUACAACUCCCAACAUCCCUCACGAUCCGGGGGCGGGGCGGGAUGUCCGGGCGGCUCUAGGCCUGGGAGACCCCAGACCCCGGCUGGAGCGUUUUUCUCCAGGGGGUGCUGGGAAAUGGAUGUGGGUCCAGCUUCCACGGUCAUUCCUAACUCCUCAGGAAACUUCUCUGGGAAGGGGCUCAUCCAGGCUGCUUCUGCGCAGGCGCAGCUCCCGGGCCCAGAGGCGUGGUUCCAGAGCUGGGGGCGGGGCCUCCUUACACGUCAUUCAUAAUGAACACUGCGAGUGGGCGAGGGGGCUGAGUGGGGCCACAUCUCUGGCAUCCAGCGGGACGCCAUUUCCCAGAAUCCUUCUCGAGACCGGCCCUGGAUCUCCCCGGUCUCGGCCUUACCCGGCCUGGGUCGCGAGGCAUGCUGAGAAUUGUAGUUCCCGUCUGAAUCCGCGCAGACGCAGCUCGGGUUCGGAAGCGGCCGGGUUUGGAGCCUUGAGCACUUAUUUGGGGGGGGGCCUUCGCUGCUGGCUGUGCUCUGCUCUUCUGCAAGAAAGAAAAAUUAAGGAGGAGAAGGGAAUGACUUCUGUGCUCCUAACAGCCAGAUCCCAGAUACCACUGACAUUCCAAGAUGUGGCUGUGGACUUCACCUGGGAGGAAUGGGGGCUCUUGGAACCUUCUCAGAAGGACAUGUAUUGGGAUGUGAUGCUGGAGAACUAUGAGAAUUUUGUCUCCCUUGGAGGCAUUCCUGUUUCCUUCCCAGAUGUGAUUUCUCAGAUGGAAAGAAUAGAAGCCCCAUGGAUGACAGAGAGAGGAGUCCUGGUUAGCGCUUUUCUAGAUUCUCCUAAUCAGAAGACAAGAUGUGAAACCAAGGAGACAACUGGGAAGCAGGAUAUUUUUCUGGGACAGUCAUUGAAAGAGAGAUUCAUAAAGGAAGGGCUGUGGCAUUCCACAUUGGGAGAAACUUGGGAUUGUGACAUAAGGUUAGAAAGGCAGAAAGAAAACCAUGAAACACAGUCUGAGGAGGUAAUAUUCACUAAUGAAUCUACUCGUGAAUGUAAUAUAUUUGGGAGAAAGCUCAACCUGGGGUCACUUAUUUUUCCACAACGGAGAGUUCAUAUAGGAGAAAAUCUUCCUAAGUACAGUACCCUUGGAAAGAGUUUGAAGCAGUUUUUUGACCCACUUAAACCUAAGAAAAUCUCCAUUGGGAAGAAACUCAAGUAUAAGAAAUGCAGGAAACCCUUCAGUUACCAGGCAGACCUUAUUCUUUACCAUAGAACACAUCCUCAAGGGAAACCCCAUAAUUGUAAUGAAUGUAACAGAUCUUUCAGCAAGAAAGGAAGCCUUAAUGCACAUAAACUGAUUCAUACUGGAGAGAAACAGUUUGAAUGUAGUACCUGUGGGAGAGGCUUCAGAUACCAUUCAUCUCUUAAGCAACAUCAGAUAAUUCAUACUGGUGAGAAACCUUAUAAAUGCAAUGAGUGUGGGAAAGGCUUUAACCAGAGGGGAAUCCUUAAGACGCAUAAAUUGAUUCAUACUAGAGAAAAACACCUGAAAUGUAAUGUAUGUGAAGGCUUCAGAUAUACGUGCCCUUAGAGACAUAAGAAAAUGCAUACUGGAGAGAAACCACAUAUAUGUAAUGAAUGUGGGAAAGCCUUCAUCCUGAAGGGAAACUUUAUAAACCACAAGAGAUUUCAUUCAGGUGAGAUGCCUUUUGAAUGCAAUGAAUGUGGGAAAGCCUUUGUCUUGAGAAGAGAUCUCAACAAACACAAGACAAUUCAUACUGGUGAGAAACCCUAUAUGUGCAAUGAAUGUGGGAAAGCCUUCAGGUGGAAUGGAAGCCUUAAAUCACAUAAGAGAAUUCAUACUGGAGAGAAACCCUAUGUAUGUAAUGAAUGUGGGAAAGCAUUCACCAAUUAUCAAAGCCUAACUUAUCAUCAGAUAUUUCAUCCUGGAGAGAAAAUUUUUCAGUGUAAUGAAUGUGAGAAAGCAUUCACACAGAGGGCAAAUCUUAAUCGACAUAAGAGAAUUCAUACUGGAGAAAAGCCCUAUAUAUGUAAUCAAUGUGGGAAAGCCUUUAUUGUGAUGGGAAACCUUAAAAGACAUAUGAGAAUUCAUACUGGAGAGAAACCCUAUAAAUGCAGUGAUUGUGGAAAAGCCUUCACCAAUCAUCAAAGCCUAAUUCAUCAUCAAAUAACUCAUACUGGAGAGAAAACCUUUCAGUGCAAUGAAUGUAAGAAAGUCUUUGCCACAAGGGGAAACCUUAACAUACAUAAGAAAGUUCAUACUGGAGAGAAACCCUAUGUGUGUAAUGAAUGUGGGAAAGCAUUCAACCUCAAGGGAAAUCUGAAUAUACAUAAAAAAAUUCAUACUGGAGAGAAACCCUUCGAAUGUAGUGAUUGUGGAAAAUCCUUCAGACAGAAUGGAAGUCUUAAAAGACAUAAAAGAAUUCAUACUGGAGAGAAACCCUAUGAAUGUAAUGAAUGUGGAAAAGCCUUCACCAAUCAACAAAGCCUAAUUUACCAUCAAGUAUAUCAUACUAGAGAGAGACCCUUUCAAUGCAAUGAAUGUGGGAAAACCUUCAUCCUUAAAGGAAAACUUAAUAGACAUUCAAGAACUCAUAAGGGAAGCCUUUAACCAGAUGGGGAAAAUCGACAUAAAACAACUCUUAUUUGGAAAAACACAUUGAGUUUAAUGAAUGUUGCAAAGCCUUUAGCCAGAAGGGAAAAUAUAAAAUAUAUUUUAAAAUCCAUACUAGGGAGAAACCCUAUAAAUAUAGUUAUGAAAGUCUAAAUUCCCAUCACUAUUUCAUUGCGAUAGAACUAUCAGUAUGAGAAAUGACUUAUACUAGAGAGAAAAUCUUUCAUGCAAUGAAGGUAAGAAAGUCUUUGCCACAAGGGAAACCUUAAUGUGUGUAUAAGAAAGUUCAUACCGGAGGGAAACCUUAUGUAUGUAAUGAAUCUGGGUAAGCCUUCAAUUGGAAGGGAAGCCUUAAUUCAUGUAAGAGAAUUCACUCAGUGAGAUGAUCUUUGAAUUUUAGUAAUAUGGGAAAACUUUCACCAGUAAUCAAAGUCUAACCCAACAUUAAAUAUUUUUCAUGCUUAAGAGAAAUCCUUUCAGUAUGAGUGCCAAAAAGCUUUCAAAUGGAGUAGAAAUCUUAAAGAAUAUAACAGUUCUUUCUUACUAGUGAUAAAUUUUUUGAUUGUAAUGAAUGUAGAAGAGUCUGGUCCAAACUUUCUUUUACAUAAUAAAAUUCAUAAUAGAAGAACUCUUUGAAUAUAAGCAAUACAGGGAGAUGUUUAGGUCUAGCACAUUGAUUAGGGAACAUCAGAUAAUUUGUACUGGAGAAAAACCCAUUUACACUUAGGGAAAUUGGGAACGCCUUCAGAAAAAGUAGAGUAUUAUUGCACAUCGAUGAAUUCAUGCAGGUCCUUUCAGGGUAACUGAUGUAAGGACAGAGUAAUGUCAGCAUAGGCUAAGGGAGCAGUUACUGUUAGAAGUGAGGGGAGGCAGAAUUCGGGGAAGCUAAUUGCCUUCUUUGGGAAUGAUAUUCUGAACAGCAAAGGGGAAGCCAGGAUGAAUUCAUAUAGAAGAUUGAAUUAUAUAUUCUACUUUAACCUAGAGAGACAAACAAGAGUAGAAGUUGUAAAGAGGCAGAUUCCAGUUCAUUAUAAAAUCUAAGGAGGCCUAGAAAGCUUGAGUCUAACUGAAAAGUAGUAGUUAAAGCAUAAUAAGGUAGGAUUGUGAGACAUGUGUGUUUCACUUAGCUCUUGUUCUGGUUCCCGGUUUCAGUUACAUGCCACUGGUAGAAGUUCUUAUGCAGAACUCCUGUGGGACAUUAGGAGUAAUUACUUAAGAAAUUCUUUGUGAGGACACAGGCUCAACAUCUAUAACAUAUUGGGAGUUAUGAGGAAUGUUCUAACUCAAAGCCAAAUAAUGACCAGUACCAUGAACUUGAAAUCAGCAUCAGAAAAUAGGACUCAAAAGAGAAGACUUGGGGAUGUUUUAUUGGUGUUUGUUAGUUCCCCAGGUUUAUGUAAUAUGUCAUAAUUCGAAGAUAUGCACUAAAAGUAUCAGCCUGUCCUUUAUAGGGAAAGACAUUUUAAAUGUUACAUUACAGUAGAUGGAAACAGAGAACAGUAGAUAGGUCUUAAUGCCUAAAGCCCAGCACAAGGUGGUAGAGUAUAGCUCAGUAACCAGGAGAUCAUUUUAGAGGCAACAUUGGAGAGUUGAAAUGAGACAUGUGGCAAAGAUGAUGGAUGCAUGGUGGAAGGCAGACAGCAUCUAGCAGAGAAUAUGUCAUUGACAUCACCAGAAGAUUUUAGCAGUUCUGCAGUUUGGAGAUACGUCACCCCAGUCACAUGUGCCAUAGCCAUAUCAGUUCUUGAUGUGUUUCCAUUCACAUGUUUCAUUGACAAACAACUAUGGGUGCCUCUUCCGUAUUUGUUCUCAGGUCAUGUAUAUACUCUCCAUACAUGUUCUUUCCAUCUGCUCUUCUGAUAACCUGUGGGGAAAUGUACCCUGUGUGUGCAUGGGGGUAUUUCGUUACUUUAUUUGUUACGUUGUUAGAUUAAAUACCUUUUGUUUUGA